UAUACCUACGCCCGCCGCGGUACUGCAGUAGCAGUUUGUGUUUUUAAUAGGCUAUUUCGCAGUUAGCAGCAGCUGAUUUAUUUGUACUUGAUAUUAGAGAAUUGUAUAAAUACGUUCGUGAUCGUUUCCUUGCGCUGUUGUAAUAUUAUUAUAAUCGUUCCGUCGUUUAAAGGCCAAUCGGUCAUUUACGCAAUUUUUUAUUUUUUUUUGUUCUUUCCCUAACGGACGUCGUCAGCCUGCUAUGCGCCUAUGUCAUUGCCGCAACUCUCUCUCUCGGAGGCUGACGUCUUUUUAGCUCAGCCGUAGCUCGAUAUUGUAGUGUUAGCGUUUAUGGUUUUCUUUAUUUAUCUUCAACAUUAGGUCAUUUAGGUGUGAGAGAAAAAUGUUGACGUUGGACGUCGUGCCCGAGAGGUCUCUGGGAUGUGAACAAUGGGAAUUCGUCCUGGGUAUGCAUUUUUGUCAAGCUGUAGCAAUAAUUCAGUCUCAAGUUGGCAUUAUAAAAGGAGUUCAAGUUUUGUAUAGUGAUAAGAACCCUUUAGAUAUUGAUCUCAUAUUAGACCUUCCUCAAGAUGGUAUUCGAUUUAUAUUUCAUCCUGUAUUUCAGCGUUUAAAGGUGAUUGAAAUUGUUAACCUGAAAAAUAUUAAACUGAAAUAUUGUGGUAUGGUGUUUAAUGCUCCAGAGGUGAUGCCCACCAUCCAACAAGUAGAACAUACAUUUGGUGCUACUCAUCCUGGUGUUUUUGAUGCUGAAAAACAAACAUUUACAUUAAACUUUAGAGGAAUUUCAUUUUGUUUUAAUGUAGAUUCUAAAUUUCAGGCUGGUAGUGCUCAGUGUGGACUUGGAUCUUUGCAGUUUGCUAGUGGAACUUCCCCAAAUGUUAGUCGUGUUAUUAUAUUUUCUGGGAGUCCACUUCCUGGUCAAGAUAUUUUGAAUAUUCCAUCACAUCCGUUAUCUUGCUACAAAGGGUUAACUUAUUUAGAACGAUUAGAAGUUCAAAGAGAUCUUAAAAAUACGAAAGGAUUUAUGAUACAAUUAUACUUGGAAGGCUCUGGUUCAAACCGUGGUCGUAAAGUCACGUAUAAUCGUGAAAUUAAUUUUGGAAUGUCAUGUCAAGAUGUUACUUCUAUGUUAGGCACCCCUUCACAAGUUUUUUAUAAAUCUGAGGACAAAAUGAAAAUACAUUCACCAAAUGUCCAUAGACACAUAUCUGUUCCCAGAAGAUCGGAUUACUUUUUCAAUUAUUUUACCUUGGGUUUUGAUAUUCUUUUUGAUGCCAAAACACACAAGAUAAAAAAAUUCAUUGUGCAUACUAAUUUUCCUGGUCAUUAUAAUUUCAAUAUCUAUCAUAGAUGUGAAUUCUACAUUGCUUUGACUUCAGAAAAAUCAAAAUACAAUCUGUCGAAUGACUGUAAAAAGUAUGAUAAAAAACCAAAGCCAAUCACCGUGAAUACAUUUACCAAAUGGGACGAGAUAUCUGAAAGACUAAAACAUAGUGAAAGACCUGUUGUGUUAAAUCGUGGAUCAUCUGAAAACUCUACCAAUCCAUUUGGAUCAACAUUUUGCUACGGUUACCAAGAUAUGGUAUUUGAAGUUAUGCAAAAUCAGCAUAUUGCUUCUAUAACAUUUUAUAAGAAUGACAAUGAAAAUGAUGUAUGACGAAAAUUAGUUGCCACGUCCUACCCAGUGGCCUUAAUGUGUUUUUAUAACCAAUCAGUCUCUUACCAUGACUAACAGUAUUUAAAAAUUUAAAAAUUGUAUUGCAUACCCAAUCUCAGUGUACAAAAACAAAAAAAAAAUACUCAUUUAAAUAUAAUAUAUUAUGUGUACACAAUAUCUAAUCGUAUGUGGCAUAUUUAGUUUGAGGCUAGAACAUUUAAUUUGUAUGGUCCUAUACAACUAGUUUUUAAGUAUGAAGUCAAGUUUCAUUAAAUAUAAAAUGUUAAGUUUUUCCAAAUCUUUUUGGGGGAAAAAAAAA